AAGUAAUCUCCCCUGAAGAAUCUCUCUGUAACGAUCAUUGGGAUCGCGCCCCCCUUCCAUAUAACACAAACCACGUCCCUCGAGAGAGGUAAGACGUUUUCCGCUAUCGCACAUCCAUCUCCGUCCCUUGUCCUCCCUAGCUGAGAGCUCCCAUCAGUGCAUUUACACACACGGCUUCACUCUCACCACUCUGCUCAGCCACCGCCAGAUCCAGCGGAAGGUGGGAGCUCAACAGGGGUCGCCGCCCUCCCCGCUGCCGAUCGCUACACCAACAUAUCCGCAAACAACCGGAUGAGAGGCCACUGCCAAGCCAACUGGUACAGCUAUUGACACCCUUCGCGAAAGCCUUGUAUACAAAGGCGACGGAACUUGUUGGCAUUGAAGAGAACAGUCGUGAGGUAGUCGAGAUGUUGACAGAGGGAGACGAGGUUUCCAAGAAACAGCUCAAGGUGGUCUCUAUUGUUGGAUCUGGUGGAUUAGGCAAGACAACCCUUGCUAAUGCAGUCUAUUUGAAACUUAAAGGGGAAUUCAAUUGUGUGGCUUUUGUUUCUGUGUCUCUUAAUCCUAACAUGAAGAUGAUUUACAUAAGCUUGCUCCGUCAAUUUGACAAGCACACAUACAAGGACAUCAAUGAGGCAUCGUGGAGUGAAGAAGAAUUACGCCGUGAGAUAAAAACAUUCCUGGGACACAAGAGGUACUUGAUUGUCAUCGACGACAUAUGGGAUAAAUCUGUCUGGGAAGACAACAUCAAAUGUGCUUUCUCUAAUAAUGAAUAUGGAAGUAGAGUAAUAACAACAACUCGUGUUCUUAAUGUUGCCCAGGAAGCUGGUUGUUUAUAUCGUCUGCAACCUCUUUCUGUUGUUGAUUCAAAGAAGUUAUUCUACCAAAGAAUAUAUGGCACUGAGAAUAAAACAACACCUGCUCAAUUGGUUGAAGUAUCUGAGAACAUUUUGAAAAGAUGUGGUGGAGUGCCUUUAGCUAUCCUUACAAUUGCUAGUCUGUUGUCCAGUAAAAUGGGAAGAACACAUACACAUGAAUAUUGGUGCAAGGUGCACAAAUCUAUGGGUUCAGGGCUAGAUGAUAGUCAUGAUGACGUGAAGAAGAUGAGACGGAUAUUAUCAGUUAGUUACUAUGACCUACCUCCACACCUAAAGACUUGUUUACUGCAUCUUAGUGUGUAUCCAGAGGAUUAUGAGAUUAAAACAAAAGAACUGAUAUGGAAAUGGGUCGGUGAAGGUUUUGUGGAAGAAAACUCAGAGAAGACUUUAUAUGAAGUAAGGAGAGGAUUACUUGGAAGAGCUCAUUAAUAAAAGCUUGGUCCAACCCAUACAGUUUGACAAUGGGAAUAAAGUGCACUCUUGUCAUGUGCACGAUAUGGUGCGUGACCUCAUCAUUUCCGUGUCAAAUGAGGAGAAUUUCUUAACAACGGUAGGUGGUCAGCAACCAUUGCAUCUACCAAGUAAGAUCCGCCGAUUGUCCAUACAGACCACCAUUGAAGAAGUUGCUAAUAAGCUGCUAACAAAAAGCUUGUCCCAUGUGAGGUCACUUACUGUGUCUAGUCCAGCUUUCAGUUUUUUACCAGCACUCUUGAGCUUUCCGGUCAUGCGUGUAUUGGAUUUAGCUUAUUGUAGGCAAGUCGUCAAUAAUCAUUGGAAGGAUAUAUACAAUUUGUUUCACUUGAGA